AUGGCCACUUUUAUACCUCAAGACAUCUAUGGCGGCGCCAUCAAAGCUAUAAUACCAGAGCGCUGGCUCGAUGCAAGCGAGCUCCGCCAAAUUCCCGACCAUCAAGAACUAUUUCUCUCCCCGACUACGCUCUCAAACCUCAUCUUCGAAAUCAAUGAGCGCGUCUCAGAACAAGUAGCUCUCUCCGCUCUCCAAGCAAACCCUAACCCAGACGUCCUCGAAUUCCUGGGCUCCACUACUAACAGUGGCCCUCAACCCGUCGAUAAAGCGGCGGCGCUGUACCAUCUAAACGAUAUCCGCGACGGCGAUGCGGAUAUUUUGCGCAUCGUCACUCCUCCCCAGCAGGUCACCGCCCGGAAAAUUCCCCGAGCAAAUGUAUACAAGGGUAUUGCGCAGAUGAAUUCCUCCACGGCACCGCGCUCCGGAGUUGCACCCUCCAUUGGAGGUGCGGCACCGGGCUCGAGCGCUGACGGGAGCUCGGUGUCCAGCGUGAGUGUUCACUAUCUGCUUGUUAGGCUCGAGGAGCAGGAGACCGAUAUGUUGGUUUUCUUUAAUGUCCCACAUAAGGAGUUUGAUGAGAAGGGGGAUCCAAGGGGCCUGUCACGAGAGGAGGAAUUAGCAGCUGCGAUUAUCGAUGGGCUGGUGGAAAGAUUGGAGAUUGUGGACUGGGGGCUGUUUGGAGGUUGA